CGCAUAGGUAGCCUCAGACGACCCUAUGCAUUACUUUCACAGCACAUGUUCGUGAGAACAAGAUCAUGUGAGGUCUGUGAGAUGGUUCCUACACAUCAGAUGCGUGUCUUCAACAGGUAUACAGUCGCCUGCAGUCGCUCCCUAGUUCGCAUGUAACAGUUACAUUGGCGGGUCUCAACGUCCGAGUCGAUCCUGCACUAUGCCAUUGACUUCGAAGAGGUAGGACUAGCAUCACGAGAUAUCGGCAUACACACCACCAUAAUGGGCGAACCCUCACAAGAGCUCUCAGCAGACGACAUUGACCUCAAUGAUCCGCCAUUCCCUCUGACUGCCAUAGAUCGCGAGAUUCUCGCAACAAAAGAUGAGGACUACCACCGAACCACCUGGGAAGACCUCAAGCACAUCAUAGAAACCAACACCCUCGAACAGCUCAAACGUCUCCCCUCCGACCUCCGCCGCUACCUCGCCUGGUCCCACAACAUCAAACGCACCUACGGCAGCAUAACAUCCUACGUAAUCCAGGAACGCCUCCACUGGAAACCCCUCACCACCACCCCUCCAACUUUCUCCCAUCACUCCCCAAUCCCCUUCUCCGACCCACGAGACUACGUCGUCCUCCUCAACGACUGGCCCUACGGCUUCGAACCUGGCAUCACACAUCUUCUCGUGUGGAGCAAGACCCCUAUUGCAACGGAUCAAGAAAGAGGAGAUGUCACAGAAGCGAGUCGGAAAGUUAUAGAAGAGUUUGUGGAGAGGUAUUUUGUUGCGGAGUUGACAGAUGCGCGGCAAUCGAGAGAGGAUGCGAAGGAGAGGGUAUUGUGGUUUAAGAAUUGGGUUAGUUUGCAGAGUGUGAGGGGUGUGGAUCAUGUGCAUAUCUUGGUCAGAGAUGCGCCGGAAGCGGUGUUGGAGAAGUGGACGAGGAGGCAUGAUCUGUAAAGUGGAGGCACGACACCACGCAGAAAAUGAGGCAAUGAGGAGGAUAUCAGAAUGUCUAGAUCGUGAUAGAUUUGAGGUAUCGCUCAUACAUGUCGAGCCUCAGGAAGGAAGUAGUCCACGCUGCCGAAGUCGAAGCCGCAAUUGGUAGCGGCAAUGUGGCGCCAUGCGGUCCUGAGCCUCAGCAUUAUGCUGCCCUCAGCCUAGCAUUUCUCGCGACAUUUUGCGAUAGGUCUGCAUCGCGAGAAAAGUGCCAGGAUGACGUCUGGGCAGAUCGUGCCCUGAAUCAACCGGGCCAAGAUGCGCUUCUGAUCUAAUCCCUAUCCUGUCUUUUUCAUAUGGCUGAUCCAGCCGCGGAAAUACGAAUGCGGUUCUGGCGCCCCGGAGAUCAAGAUCCAUCUGGUCAUUCGUUUGCCCAUAUUUGGCGGCGCCAGACAGCAGCUGCAUGACAUCCUCUGUGACUUGCUGAUGGGCACUAUCUCUUCUCCUGCGUGUAUCGCGCUCUCAGCUGUGCUUGACACAGCCAUAACAUGCACCUUUCACAUUGUUUUCCGCAUCCAACAGCGACUGCUAGAGCUGUGCUCCGCACAAGUCCGCAUUUAGGCAAAAAAGUCUCCUGGGUGACAGUCUCCCUCUCCGCUUGGUGACCGGCAUAUGAGACCCUAUCGCUUUUGCGCUGUAAGGGAUGAG